CCUUAGCCUCAAACUUAUCGUGGGAGCUAGCAGAACCUGCUUUCUGGAAUACCCCCCCAAAACUCAAAAACAGCUGGAGUUUGUGCAAAGGGGGCUGCAGUGGCAGUGACCCCCCAGCAGGGGGCGCUGCAGCAUCCUUUCUUUAGUGCUUUAACGUUAAGUGGCUCUGAUUUCCAUCUACUUUUACUGGAAACUGCAUCCAAAAGUCUUCUGUAGAGCUCCUCCUGUGACGGUGUGACGCGGCAGGCCCCGCCCCCGGCUCCUGACCCGCCAGCUCCUCUCACACACACACACACACACACACUCACACCGACAUGCUGGCCCUGCUGGCAGCCGGCUCUGUCUUCUUCCCAGGACUCUUCCUGGUCUCCAGGCGGACGCUGCAGUGCCUUCUGGGAUGGAGCGAGGGCGACGCUGUGAUUGUGUCUUCACGCCUAGUGUCGUCCCUGCAGGCCAUCAUGGCGUCGUCUGCCGGGUGCGUCAUCGCCUCGUCCUGCAGGGACAUCCUGGAGGACGGACACUGGCUGACCAACAACUACAUCCUGUUUGCAACGCCAUACUUCCUGUACGACAUCUACGCUAUGUUUGUGUGUUACUGGCACAAAAUGCAGGUCAAAGGUCACGAGGAGGCGGGGCGCGGCGGUCUCUCCAUGCGGGCCGCGCUGCCGGGUUACCUCCGCCGGGAGAUCCUGAUGGUUCUGCAUCACGUCUUCAUGGUGGCCUUCUGCUUCCCCGCAUCCCUGCUGUGGCGGCGGGGUAAAGGUGAUUACUUCCAAGGCGUUCUCUUUCUGGCCGAGCUCAGCACGCCGUCUGUCUGUUUGGGAAAAGUCUUGAUCCAGUACAGGAAGCAGCGGACGCUGCUGCACAGGGCCAACGGCGUCUUCAUGCUGCUGUCCUUCUUCUGCUGCCGCGUGCUGCUCUUCCCGUACCUGUACUACGCCUACAGCAGGUACGCCUCCAUCCCGCUCCACCAGGUCCCCCUGGUGGCCCCCUGGCAGUGCAACCUGGGGGCGGCUCUGCUGUGGCCCCUGCAGCUCUAUUGGUUCUCUCUGAUCUGCAGGGGGGCCCUGCGGCAGAUGAGGCCACGCCCACACACAGACGAGGCAGCGACCAAUCAAGCAGGCUGACACGGACUGAGGAGGAGGGGCUUAUCGCACAGGAGGGGGUCACAGCGUUUUCCCAAGUUUAGGUUUAUUGAUCGAUCGGUUUGUUUGUUAACCCUUGUGCUGCCCUAUGGGGUCCAGAUGACCCCCCCCCCCAUCCAUUGACGUGUUCUCCCUACCAUGACAAAGAUUUCAUGUAAUCCAUGGACACCAGUGAAGAUCAUUGAAGAAAAAAGGUUCAGAGCUCUGUUUAGUGGGUCUAGAUGACCCACUCCUUUCUUACUGCUUUCAUGCCUGAAGCUCCUCUCUGAGCAGAACUUCCUGCGGCGCUGGCGCCCCCCGCUGGCCACUUCCUGCAGUCCUGAAAGUCGGACUGAAGAUCUUUGAUUUUGAUUCUUUCCCUGAAGGAGAAACGCCGUAAAGCAGACGUCUGUUUUUAAAGCUUCUGGGAUCCAGAUUCAUUCAGAAUCUAGUCGGUACAGACCCGACCCAGACCCAAAAAGGACCCGCAGGAACCCCCGGGGGAGGGGGGACCCGGCCGUGGACCACAGCGCCUGCGUGAUGAAGAUGUGGCAUCAACGCUUCCUGAUUGUGGCUUUCAGUGUUUGUCAAACCUGCAGUUUGAGGCUCUCUUCAUUGACCUGAUGAUGCCCCGCCCCUUUUGUGAUACCUCACCUGCUGUCUUUGAGCUUUAGGUUGAACUCAGGUGAAUGUGAAGGACUCCAUCAGGUUUAUUCUGAAAAACGUCUCUGAUUCAGUAAAACUUGAAACUUUUUAUUCUGUGGAGCUUUGAUUGAAAAACUAAAAGCACCGAAGCUUUGAAAGAACCUUUAUUGGGAUAUUUUCAAAAUAAAAGCAGCAACAACUUGU